AUGAACCAGUUAGGGAAAGUGGGUGAUGGUGGGGUAUCUGCUGAAACCACUGCAACGAUAAAUGCUCCUGAUGGAUUUAUUUCUGUUAACUCUGAAACUUCUGGAAAAUACACUCAACACAAGGCAGAUGCUCAUGCAGCAACUGUAAACGCCCCUUCAUUUACUAAAAACGAUUCUGCAGUUCUUAAUCAGCCUCAUUACAAAAACUCUCAUCAAACAUCCAUCCCUCAGAUGAGUGGCAUGCAGGUUCCUGUUUCUGUUUUAGAAACGGUCGUGGCAGAGCGAGAUUUGCUGCGAGUGCAGAAUGAGCAGCUGUGGACUAUUAUUGAACGACAGCGAACCAUCAUGACCAACCUUCAAGCUCAAUUGAAUGCUACUGGGAGUAAUACUCAACUUCCAGAUCCAUCAUUUGCUACACUAACAAUACCCACUUCAUUAGCUGGGGUUUCAUCUCAGCCCAUGGAUACUGUAUUCGCUACUACAAUCAAUGACGGCCAUUCCAAUACUGCCAACAUGCUAGAUGCUGUUCUUUUACAUAAACUGCCACUGACUCCAUUCAAGGAUAUUCCUAUUGCUGAUGCUUCAGAAUCGACAGCACCGUUAGCCAUCUCCAUGUCAAGCGUUAUUCCAGAUGAAACUACAAAACCCCAAAUCCCUCAUGCCACUGCUAAUCUCCAUUCAAACGAUGUUUUAGUUCCUACCACUAAUCCUCGCCAUUCAUUGAGUAAUAUGGCUGGUAGCAGUGAUCGAGCAGCACCGGAUUUUCUUGCAGAGUCUGAUACAGUGACUCGGUCUGAACAUGAAUUGUCUGUGGUUCAAUCUAAACCCAAUGCUGUUGAAUGUGGAAGUCGCACGUCGUCAUUACCUAGAGGUGCAAAGAGUUCAACUCCAUCAUUAUCCACCACCGUAUCUGCUGCCUAUUUUUCAAAAUCUGGCCAGCCUUUAUCUGAUGAAAUGAAUGCAGAUUACGGAUCGUCUACCACUAGUGCUAUAAGCUCUGCUAACAGACCACGGUCCAACACAUCGCCAUCAAUUAUUGGUAUUCCUGUGCAAUCGACUGAUUUCGAGUCUGAGGCUGUCUUGUCAAAUCGAUUUAUAAGUGGCAUGGGUAGUGGAAAUACUUCCGUGCAAAGUUCAUCCGAAAGACCAUCAAACAAAAAUUUAAAAGCUACUCCUCGUUCUGCAUCAUCUUCCAAUAUCGGAUCGGUUGAUGGAGGGAUGGCUCCUGUCAAUACAUUUUCAUCAAAUAAUCAAGCAAGCAACUCCACAAAUGCAUUUGGCAUGUCUGUUGGUGGUGCUGUACAAAACCCCAAAUCUACUUCAGUACCAGACUUAUCGUCCAAUUCUAUUGGUCCCAGUGAGAAUAGCGGUCAAAUGCCAACCCGAAUCUACGAUCCAAAGGAAAUGGGAAGCAUUGAUUUUGAUGAUCACCACAUCACUACAUCAGAUAGAAGGAUUGACAAAUUCACAUCCCUUUCCAAUAUCACGAUCCAGGUUGUCUGCUCCAAGAUCCAUGUCAGUGUACGUGGCCGUGAAGUUGUCACAUUUAUUAUCUUAGUCUCGGAUACACUUGCCGGAAGCCAGUGGUACAUUGGAAAACUCUAUGCGGAUUUUAUAACGCUAGAAACCAAGCUCAAAAACAACCAGUCUCGUAGCAUGGUCAUGAGUAUUGGUAAAGCUCCUGAAAAGCCAGUUUUUAGCCCUCUUGCCCCUGCAUCCAAAGAGGAUCAAAGAUGCAUGGUGAUUGAAAUGUACCUUUCUCAUCUCAAGUCUCUGUGCAGUGAACAUCCCGAUUUUGUCGAGUUUUUGUGCACAAAUAUUGUAGAUUCCCCCAUUGCAGAUAAACGCUUGAUACAAAAAUAUCUCAAAGCGGGAAGUCUUUACAAAAAGGGUAAAAGCUUUGGUGGGUGGAAAUCUAGGUUCUUUCUAAUUGAUCCGAGUGGAGUUAAUUUGUGCUAUUCCGAAUCCAAGGACCGUGAACAGAUUGGAACCAUCAAUUUACGAUACUGCUAUGUUUCUAGAAGUGUACCAAACGAAAUGGAUCGGUUUGGGCUUGUACUGGGAGAGUACAAAAAGGCUAUGUUUUCUCCAGAUAGUGCACCACCUUCUAUUGGUCCUGAUGGGCUUCCAGAUGCAAAGUUGGAGUGUAAGCAUUUACUUUUUGCGGAUAGCGAGUAUGAGCGUGAUGACUGGGUACUUUGUCUUUCUGGUCAAAUUUUAAUUAUGCGACCUGAUGACCAACUGACUGCUCGUGAACUACGCAGUAUGAAUGUACUACUUCCAUUUCGGGAUCCAUUGAAAAAUAUGAUACCAAACUCAGCGAUUCCAGCUCGACAGCACAGUAAUAAUGGACUGGUUGGACCUUUAUCAUCUACAUAUGAAGCAACCAAGUUGGCGAGUCUUAGAGUAAAUCCACAAAACCCACAGUUAUUGGUAGAUCAAUCCCAUUUGCACCAGCAAUUUUUGCAAUCAAAUUUACCAAACAAUUUUGAUCCUAGUAGUGGUUAUGCAGUAAAUGGAAUGCUGGCCGAUUCUUUUCAAUCAUCUACAGGUAUAGCCAAGAGUCAGCACGCUGCACGGCAAACAUCAACACCUCGUAAUCUAGAAUCUCACCAGGCUUAUAUACCACCGCAUAUGGGAUCCGGUCUUUCUGAAAAUGUGGCUGGCACUCAUCCAAACGCUCCUAAUAAUUUUAUUUCUGGAACUUCGGCUCUUUCUUUGCAUAAUGGAGUCUUGACUCAACCGCUGCCACCUACAUCUGAUGAUUUUGCGAAUAGUUCUGAAUUUAAACCUCAUGCACCUUUUAUUGAGAGAUUACCGGUUGUAAAUUUCCCCGAAACAGUUAUUCCACCAAGGAAUGAUUUAAACCAAAAACCAAAUUCAUCGGCUCAAUCCGAGUUACAGGCUAGCGGAACAGGCGCGCAACUGCUACAUACACCGGGUCCACCUUUACCUGCAAAAUCACACGAUCUCAAGCCAUAUCGCUCCACCCCCCUUGGUCUUGGGGUAAACAGACGGGUGUCAAAGAUGAGUCCCUUUAUGGGUGUUCCAAAUACUGGACAUUUAAAUAAAAGCUCAUCCCCAGCUUCACCUGUAGCUUCUGAGCCAACAACUAGUUUACCUCGCGGAGCAAAUACAUUUACAGACGAAAACCAGCGCAUUAUGCAACAACCUUGGCCAAAGACUUUGGUUGAGGAUUCACCCGCAUUGCUGGCUCAACAACAGCGGGGGCCUGUCAUCAAAGAAAAGAAAAAGCCAGCAAAUAUUUUCAAAGAUUGGGUCAAAAAGAAGAGCCAUGGUCAAGAGGUUGGGAAAACUACAAGACCUGUUUUUGGAUUUUCGCUACAAGAGGCUAUUGCAGCAUAUAAAAUUCACGAAGGAUUGGAAUUACCAUCAAUUGUUUUUCGCUGUAUCGAAUACUUGGAUGCAAGAAAUGCUUACGAAGAAGAAGGAUUGUACCGACUUUCUGGAAGCUCGACAGUCAUUCAGAAUUUGAAGCAUCGCUUUGAUACUGAAGGGGAUGUGAAUUUACUUGAAGAAGUUGAAACAUACAGUGAUGUCCAUGCCAUUGCUGGAGUUUUGAAGCUUUUUUUUCGUGAGCUUACAGAGCCGAUUUUGACAAAAGAGCUCCGAAAUAACUUUUUUCAACUCAUUGAUUGUGCAGAUCGCAGCACACGUGUUACUGAGCUCACUCGUUUGAUUUCAAUGCUCCCCAUUGCGAAUUACACUCUUUUAAAAGUGGUUUUAGGGCACCUUAUCAGGGUUGUUCAACGUUCUGAAGUGAACAAGAUGUCAGUCAAGAACAUCAACAUUGUAUUUUCACCUACUUUGGGAAUUCCCGCCAAUAUUUUGAUAUUGAUGAUGGCAGAAUAUCAAAAUAUAUUUUCUUGGAGUCUGAACGAUCCUGAGCGUGGCCACAAUCUGCCCUCAUCAAGCACCGAUUCAGCACCUAUUCAAUCAAACAAGCCUUUACCUGAGCAACAGUCUUUUUCAAUCAGCGAGCCUAAACCCAUAAUCGAGCAUUCUGAAACUGCAUCAGAUUAUCAAAAGCCACGUCAUUCUACUCAUCAUCGCACAGAUUCCAGAUCAGAACCACUGGAACCUCCUGUUCUAAACCAAGUUUCUACAAAAGAGUCCGAGUCAAACCCACUGGUUUCAAAUCGAUAUUCUAUGGCAUCACCAUUCAUGCAUCACUCAUCGCGUCAGCCUCAUCCGUCAAGUGGAACACCUACAUCUCAGCAUCAGACUGGGGGCAUACCACGAGAAAGUACACAUGCAUUGCCCAUUCUAUUGCCGCGCCGAAAGGCAUCUAGUGCCGAAGCACAGGAAAUGCUAAAACACUCUACAGAUUCAAACAUGGAUGUGCCAUAUCAAGGGUUGUAUUCAAAAAGACAGCCUAAUUUAUCUGCUCCCAAUAUUCAACAAGACGCUUCAACAUCUCCUUUUAAGCCACCAUUAGAAACACUUGUACCGGUCACCACUCCUACACGCAAUCAAUCGUUAGUAGGACCAUUAACGAAUGCUAACGUGUCGUUAUCGCCUCCCAUUGGGAUGAUAUAUCCAAAAACAACUCCUGCGCAUCCCUCUGUCACAGAAAUUCAAGAAUCUUCAAAUGCCAUGGGAUUUGUUGAGCCUCCAUGGCAAAAUCAGCCGCAUUUGAUGCCAGGAGAAAGCAACACUUCCAACUUCAAGCCUGCUUCGUAUUUUUUGGAGAAUAGUCGGACUAGUACAACUAGCUUUCACUCUGCAUCAGAUCCUAUGGUUGCAUUACAGUUGCAAUUGAAUGGUAUUUCCGAUUACACUACCCAAACUCCUGAUUCCGAAAAGCGCGAAACAAAGUAUAUUGAUGAUAUGGAGAGCUUGCCACCAUCUGAGCUGCGGCAGAUACUUGAAUGGGCACAGCCAACUCAUCCUAAAUAAGCUUUUUUGGCUGAUCUUGGAGGCAGAAUUUUAUUUUGCUUGACCACUGUGCUUUUAUUUUUUAUAAUUGUCACCAUCUUUCCGCUCAUUUCUUAUUCGUGUAAGCACGGUUUCCUUUUAUUUUUGAUUUCUUUGUUUGGACAAACCAAACUGGAACACAUUUUUGUCACUAUGCCCGACCUUAUCAAUAAAUGUCACAUCUUAUU